AUGUCCGUCAGCAACUGGGAUGAUGCCUUGCCGCCAGCAUGCACAGCUCUCAUGUUCAAGCUGGGCCGCAAAAUGACGCAGCAAGAGUUCCUGGAGCGGUUCAAUGCGUUGUGUGGGUAUGACCUCUCCAAGUAUUGCCCAUACAACUUCGUUCACCUUGCUUGGUCGACACUGGCAAUCGUGAACUUCCUGAACGAGGAGGAGUGUGCAGACUGCUGGGCUCAAAGCAAGAAGCUCACGGCGGCGGGAGAGAUGAAGGGUGUACGACCAGCCACCCACCACGGGCUGGCGAGAAAUUUGGUGGAUUACCUUUCUCGAGCCAAAGACAGCAGUCAGAUCAGAAUGCCCCCCCUUGUGUUUGACCGGGGACACUCGAUCUCCUUGGCUCAGGCAUGCCGCUGUCUUGGGCUAGGCUUGAUGCACACCAAGGCAGCCAACUUCCAUCAGAUUCACUUAGACCUUUGUUCAAUGUCUCAGACGACGGUUUGGCACUACCUUGAGCAGAUGCCGGGCACGCAGAUUCUGAUUGAGCUGUGA